GAAAGGUAUCAAUUCCCUGUGAAUGAUGAAAGGAAAAAACCAAAACAAACCAAGAAAAAGAAACCUGAAAAAGAGACAAAGUAUUCUAAAUUUCAUUCCAUAUUUUAUGAAUAUCGGAGGAUUGUACCCUUAGAUAAGAUAGGUAUCACAAUGAGUAGCAAACAUGUUUAUUCAACCUGCAAUCUAACCGAUGUUCAACUUAAGGAACAAGGAAACUGCUUAUUUUCAGCACGUAAAUAUGAUGAUGCGAUCAAUUGCUACACUAAAUGCAUUAUAAAAAAUCCCAACAAUGCAACUUAUUUUACUAACCGUGCCCUAUGCCACUUGAAAUUAAAACGUUGGGAGCUGUCAUGUCAAGACUGUAGACGGGCUUUGGACAUUGAUCCAAAUAUGCUAAAAGCCCAUUUCUUUUUGGGUCAAUGCUUAAUGGAAAUGGAUCAGCAUGAUGAAGCUAUUAAACAUUUGCAAAGAGCAUUCGAUUUAUCCAAGGAACAGAAACAAAAUUUUGGUGAUGAUAUAACAUCACAGCUGCGACUAGCGCGUAAGAAACGUUGGAAUGUGUUGGAAGAGAAGCGAAUAUGUGAAGAAAUCGAACUACAAGCAUAUUUGAACAGGCUUAUUAAAGAAGAUAUGGAAAAUCGUUUGGCCAAACUUAAACUAGACGAAAGUGCCAAUGAGGAACAAAUUAAGGAAAAACAUCAAGAAAUCGAACAAGAGUGUGAUGACCAUGUUAAGGAACUCAACAAUAUAUUUGCCAAAGUCGAUGAGCGUAGAAGGAAACGUGAUGUUCCCGAUUAUUUGUGUGGCAAAAUCAGUUUCGAAAUUCUUACAGAUCCUGUUAUCACACCCUCUGGCAUAACAUACGAGCGCAAAGAUAUUGAAGAGCAUUUGCAUCGUGUGGGACAUUUUGAUCCAGUUACACGUGUCAAACUUACCCAAAACCAACUGAUACCCAAUUUCACUAUGAAGGAAGUCGUUGAUGCUUUUAUAUCUGAAAACGAAUGGUCCUUGGACUAUUGAGGAAGACAUCGGCCUAUUGAGUAUUAUUAUUAUUCUUAUUAUUAUUGGUAAUUACAAUGUGUUUUUGUUUGACUUUAGGUAUUAAUGUGAUUCACUUGGAACAUUUUCAAUAUGCAAAAUUGUACUGAAUUUUAGCAUAUCCAUUUUUAUGUAUGACCCCCUCCCCUUCUGUCCUACCCCCACUACUAUUGUUGACUGGUUUUAAAUAGAUAUACUUAUCAUUUAGAAAUAAAGCAAUUAAAUAUCUCACGCA